AUGUCAGCUGAAGGAGAAGAAGAAUUAUUGGAUUACUCUGACUCGGAGGAAAUCAAUGUGGCUUCAACCACUGCGAAGACCGUCGAGGAGACCAAGAAGGAGGAAGAAACUGACAAGAAGGGCUCUUACGUUGGUGUUCACACCACUGGUUUCAGAGACUUUCUAUUGAAGCCAGAAUUGUUGAGAGCCAUUGCCGAUUGCGGUUUUGAACAUCCUUCAGAAGUCCAACAAGCAUGUAUACCACAAGCUAUUUUGGGUAACGAUGUCUUGUGCCAGGCCAAAUCUGGUUUGGGUAAGACUGCAGUUUUUGUCUUGUCCACUUUGCAACAAUUGGAUCCAACUCCUGGCGAGAUCUCAACCAUUGUGAUCUGCCAUACAAGAGAGUUGGCCUACCAAAUCAAAAAUGAGUACACACGAUUUUCCAAGUAUAUGCCCGACGUUAGAACUGAAGUUUUCUACGGUGGAGUUUCAAUCACCAAGGAUGCCGAGACUUUGAAGAACAAGGAUACUUGUCCUCACAUUGUUGUUGGUACCCCAGGUAGAUUGAACGCCUUGGUUAGAGACAAGAUUAUCAGAUUGAACAAUGUCAAAAACUUUGUCAUUGAUGAAUGUGAUAAGGUCUUAGAGCAAGUGGACAUGAGAAGAGAUAUCCAAGAGAUCUUCAGAGCUACUCCUUACCAGAAGCAGGUUAUGAUGUUCUCGGCUACUCUAUCCACUGAAAUCAGACCUAUUUGUAAGAAGUUCAUGAAGAAUCCAUUAGAAAUUUAUGUUGAUGAUGAAAAGAAAUUAACCUUGCACGGUUUGCAGCAAUACUAUAUCAACCUUCCAGAGGAGAAGAAGAACUUAAAGUUGGCCGAGCUGUUGGAUUCCUUAGAAUUCAAUCAGGUGAUCAUCUUUGUUAAAUCCACUAGAAGAGCCACUGCCUUAAAUAAGUUGCUAUGCGAGUCUAAUUUCCCUUCUAUUUGUGUUCACUCUGGUAUUCCUCAGGAAGAGAGAAUAGCCAGAUACAAGUCGUUCAAGGAGUACAACAAGCGUAUAUGUGUUUCUACAGAUGUUUUUGGUAGAGGUAUUGACAUUGAAAGAAUCAAUGUCGCCGUUAACUACGAUAUGCCAAGUGAGGCCGAUCAAUACUUGCAUAGAGUUGGUAGAGCAGGUAGGUUCGGUACUAAGGGUUUGUCUAUUUCGUUUAUCUCUAGUAAGGAGGACGAGGAGCUUUUGUCUCAAAUCCAAGAAAGAUUUGAGGUUAAAAUCCAGGAAUUCCCAGCUGAAGGUAUCGAUCCUUCCACCUAUAUGAACACCUGA